AAUUUUAAAUCUCAAAUUUGUUGUUUGUGCUAUCCAAGUACAACAAUUUUUUAUCCACUGAACACUCUAUCAACAAAUCACGAAGAUUCCUUAAUUAUUGAGAUUAACAUGAUUAAUUUAUACCAAAAUUAUUAGGUCUACAACAACAAAUAGCAUACAGUGCACGACAGGAUGCCGUGGCACAUAUUAAUAUGUGCUAUAUAUCUACUUCCUACCUUAUUAGACGCUGAAUCGGGUACAACAGUAUCCCCUGAUCAAGUAUGUCAAACACAGUCGAUUUGUACGGAUUCAAAUGAAUGCCCGGCAAACCAGCAUUGCAGGGAGCAGAAAUGUAAUAUUUGCCCAUUAGGACAACCAAGCGAUUGCGAGAUGAUUCAAUGUGACGGAAACCGCAAAAGUUGUCCUGACACGCACACCUGUAUUAAUGCAAACACAUCACAACAUCAGUUCUCUGUUUGUUGCAAAAUUACUGGUAACUGGACCGAUUGGGGAGAAUGGACAGGUGAAUGUCAUCCAGAAGGGGGUGGUAAAGUAUUUCGUUAUAGAGAAUGUCUAAGUCAGAAUAAUGUAAAGAUGGACAAAGAGAACUGCGUUGGUGAAAUAUUUGAAGCAAAACCAUGCAGUAACACGAUGAGCAAAAUUAGAAGGGCCAAUGUAAACAAGGUCCAAGGAACCAAAAUCAGAAAUAUUACAUCAUAUUCUAUGAUGAUAUCAAUAUCAACAAAUGUAACCGAUGAAGGCCAUCCUGGAACUGGUCACUUCUGUGGUGGCAUUAUCUUAACUGACAAGUAUGUUCUAACUGCUGCUCAUUGUCCCUGUGGAAAAGUUGGGGAUACAUGUUGCGAUUUGGAGGAAGGAAAGAAAAAGUUUAAUUCGACUCGCUGUAAUCCUGCGAAUUGGAAAGUUACUGCGGGGGAAACACAGCAAAAUCCAAAGAAAUUACAAGGCCAAGUCAGAGGAGUCACUAAAAUUAUAAUACACAGAAACUAUACUAAGGUUAACCACGAAGACAUUUUUGAUGUCGCAUUAAUGCGCAUUGACCAACCAUUCAACUUUUCUGGAGUGACGAUUCAGCCUAGCUGGCUACCGUCCAGUAUAUGCAGUGGACUUAUGGACGAGGAAUGUGAAGAACAUUUACAAUUAGCUAGUGAAAAACAGGAAUGUGAAGUUGUUGGCUGGGGAUCAGGAACAAAUUUGCGAACGUUGACAGCAGUUAUAAAUAACUGGGACAAUGAGACUUAUCUCGUGAAUACAACGGGGUUUCAAAGAAGACAACCAUGUCCUGGUGAUAGUGGCGGGCCUUUGAUGUGCAAGCCAGAUAAUGAAAACUUCAAGGUAGUGGUUGGGAUUAUGAGCUAUCUUACUUUGGAAUUUGCCGACAGAUGUAAUGCUAAAGAAGGAGAGACGAUACAUUCCUCUAUACCACACUUUCUCGGAUGGAUGCAUAACCAGCUGAUCGGCAGAGGAGAUGGAAACAGUAACUGGGAUACACAGUUCUCCAAGUAUCCAUGGAUUGCUUCUAUCUGGAAGAACAUUAGCUAUGUUGGGGAACCUAAAGGAUAUGCCUGUGGAGGGAUAAUUAUAACGGAUACAAUUGUGCUGACAUCGGCAUAUUGUCUUUGCUUGGAAGAGAACUACUGUUGUGAUCAGAAUAUUUUCAAUUACGACAAAUGCGACCUAAACGACUGGUGGGUUCAGGUCGGACAGUGUAAACUUGAGGAUCCUGAAAAUCCUUUCCUCAUCAGAAAAAUUUCAAAAAUAUUUAUCCACGAAUUAUACGAUGAGUUUAACAUAGAAGAAGAAACUCGAUUGAAUGACAUUGCUCUAAUUGUGCUGAAGGAUCCGCUUCCAUUAGAUGAUCCGGAUGUUGACACUGCGAGGAUUCCUACAAGUGAGUGUACUAACAGUGGUGCUACCGGAGAAAGCUGCACAGAACACAAGUUGGAAGAUUGCGAAUAUGCUAGUUGUGGGGAGAGUCCAAAUGGUAAUGGUUCAUCUGACAAAUUGAAAAUAAAUGGGCUUAAUGUAACAUAUGUUUCGGAAAGUAUAAUAAAUACAGAAAGUAAAGCUAAAGCUGCACCAUGCAAG